AAGCAUUUCAACAGCACCGACAUCCCACGGUUCUGAAACUCGCAGUCCUCAACAUGGCAACCGACGUAGCUCUAGAGACCUCCAUGGGCACCAUCAUCGUCGAGCUCUACAACCAGCACGCGCCCAAGACGUGCCAGAACUUUGCGGCCCUCGCCUCGCGCGGCUACUACAACAAUACCAUCUUCCACCGCAUCAUCAAGGACUUUAUGGUCCAAGGCGGCGACCCGACGGGGACGGGCCGCGGCGGGACUAGCAUCUACGGCGACAAGUUCGAGGACGAGAUCCGCAGCGACCUGAAGCAUACGGGCGCAGGCAUCCUCAGCAUGGCCAACGCAGGCCCCAACACCAACGGCAGCCAGUUCUUCAUCACAUUGGCACCCACGCCGUGGCUGGACGGCAAGCACACCAUCUUUGGGCGGGUCAAGAAGGGUAUUCGGGUGGUGCAGCGGAUGGGCCUGGUGCCGACCGACGCGGAGGACCGGCCCAAGACGGAGGUCAAAAUCGUCAGGGCCUACGUCGUGACCCAGGAGGAAGAGGUUUAGACCGCAGCAACUGGACCAAUAACUAAUUGGUGUGAAGUACGAGGUCGUGACUGGCACGGACAAGGAGAAGGUAGUUGUGUAUGUCACAUUCGUGCCUUUGACCCAUCCGUAUUCCGGUGCACACAUAUGUACACGUAAAUGGGAAACGCCUGCGCUGAUCACGUUGUACAGCGAUGCGAGUCCCUAGAGAAAAAGACCUUCCAUGUAUCAUACGCCUUGGGAAAAAAAAAACGACUUGGGCAGCAGACAGCAAAGUAAAUAAAUCAAUCCGUCCGACUGCCUCUUCUUCCGUGUAUACAACCAACCAGACCACUUGCAUGUAACGCCCGCUGAGGCUCCUUUUUC